AUGAUCCGUCAUCAUUUGCAAACCAACUCGACUCGCGUAAAGUUUUUCCUUCUUCACGAAUGUAAUCGCGUAAAUUUGUGGGUGUAAAAGCGUAAUUCAAGCAUAGAUUCCGGUGCCAGCCGAACCCGGACACCAUGGGCAACGCGGACACGAAGCUAAACUUCCGCAAGGCCAUCGUCCAGCUGACCAGCAAGAGCCAGCCGAUCGAUGCCAGCGAUGACGCAUUUUGGGAGCAGUUUUGGUGCGAGCACAGCACCACCGUGCAGGACGUGUUUGCGCUCAUUCCGUCGAACGAGGUGCGCAAGGUGCGGGACGUGAUGCCCACGAACCUGGCCACGCUCUGCUACAAGGCCACGGAACGACUGGUCCGAGCCGUGGACAACAGCUGUCGGACCCAGGGCGAGCAGCAAACGGUUCUGAAUUGUGUCCGCCUGCUGAACCGCGUCCUGCCGUACAUCUUCGAGGACGCCCAAUGGAAGGACUUUUUCUGGUCGUCGCUUCCGGCUGGGAACGAGAAGGAAGAACCUGCCGCGGCACCGCUUGCGCAAAGUCUGCUGAAUGCCAUCUGCGAUCUGCUGUUCUGUCCGGACUUUACCGUGGUUGGUCUACGCAAGUCCGGCCCGGAAAAGGCCGAAGAACUCAACUCCAUCGACAGCUGCGAGUACAUCUGGGAGGCGGGCGUUGGCUUUGCCCAGUCUCCGCCCCGUAACGGCCACAUGGACGCCCGUCGAACCGAACUCCUCAAGCUUCUUCUGACCUGCUUCAGCGAAACCAUGUAUCGCGUGCCCAACAUGAGCGACGAGCCCAACAAGUGGAUCGUCCACUUUACCAGCGCCGACAACCGUCACGCCCUCCCCCUCUUCACCUCCCUCCUGAACACCGUGUGCGCGUACGACCCCGUCGGAAUCGGCGUCCCGUACAACCACCUCCUGUUCACCGACACGCUGGAACCCCUGGUCGAGGUCUGCCUCCAGAUUCUGAUCGUCACGCUGGACCACGACAUCACGAGCAACACGAGCAGCAACUCGCCCACCGGCGGCGCCCAGUCGGCCCAGUCCUACUCGCACGACGACACCACCAUCGCGGACAAUCUGUUCAUCAACUAUCUGUCGCGCAUCCACCGGGACGACGAUUUCCAGUUUAUUCUGAGGGGCAUCACGCGGUUGCUGAACAAUCCGCUCGUGCAGAGUUAUCUGCCCAACUCGACCAAGCGGCUGCACUGUCACCAGGAGCUGCUGGUGUUUUUCUGGAAGAUUUGCGAUUAUAACAAGAAAUUUCUGUAUUUUGUACUUAAGAGCAGCGAUGUUCUGGACAUAUUGGUACCCAUCUUGUACCAUCUCAACGACUCCAGAGCCGAUCAGUCUCGCGUCGGUCUGAUGCACAUUGGCGUAUUUAUCUUGCUGCUGCUCUCCGGUGAGCGCAACUUUGGCGUUCGACUCAACAAACCGUACACGGCCACGGUGCCGAUGGACAUUCCGGUGUUUACCGGAACCCACGCCGAUCUGCUGAUUACGGUGUUCCACAAGAUCAUCGCAACGGGUCAUCAGCGGUUGCAGCCGUUGUUCGAUUGCUUGUUGACCAUUUUGGUGAACGUGUCGCCGUACUUGAAGACCCUGUCGAUGGUGGCCAGCAUCAAGCUGCUGCAUUUGCUGGAGGCUUUCAGUACGCCGUGGUUCUUGUACUCGGCACCCUCGAAUCAUCAUUUGGUGUUUUUCCUGCUGGAGAUCUUCAACAACAUUAUUCAGUACCAGUUUGACGGGAAUUCGAACCUGGUUUACACAAUUAUCCGCAAGCGGCAGGUGUUCCACGCGCUGGCCAACCUGCCAACGGACGCCGCCGGAAUAGCACGGUGCAUGAGCAACCGCAAGGGAGGCAAGCUGAACAAUUCUAGUCAUGGUUCGCGGUCCAGCGGACGAGAGCAGCUCCAGAACAAGGAGGUGCUCCCGUCGACGUCCCACGCCGAAGACGACAGCGAGGAGGACAUUACCGUGCGAACCGGCCAGAUCCAAAUUCAGGAUCGCAUCUCGGACGAGGAAGAGUCCGACAGCCGGAGCGAGAUCAUCGAGGAAUCGAUGGAGGGUUCCCACCCGGCGCUGCCGGCCGAACCGGGCACGCUGAAGGUGACUCUGCUGGAAACGCCCGACAUUGCCCAGAUGACGGAACGCGAGUCGGCACAUCCGUCGUCGGCGGAUGCACUGGCCGCUGCGACGCCGUCGCCGGUCGAACCGAACGCCAAGUCGGUGGUUGGCGGCGACGGGGUAAAGUCGGGAUCUUCGCCGAAGGGAUCGCCCAGCAAGGAGCAACCGUCGCCGAUCAAGAGGGCUGUUGCGCAGCGUGGCAGCAUCCGGGUCACACCGACGGGAACGCACGGUUCCCAGGCCAAGGUUUGGCAGCCCAGCCCGGAGUGGGUCCAGUCGUGGCGCUCGAAGCUUCCGCUGCAGACCAUCAUGCGGCUGCUGCAGGUGCUCGUGCCCCAGGUCGAGAAGAUCUGCAUCGACAAGGGACUGACGGACGAGUCGGAGAUACUGAAGUUUCUCCAGCAUGGAACGCUCGUCGGGCUGCUGCCGGUGCCGCACCCGAUUCUGAUUCGAAAGUACCAGGCGAACAGUGGCACCACGGCCUGGUUCCGCACCUACAUGUGGGGCGUCAUCUAUUUGAGAAACGUGGAUCCCGCCAUCUGGUACGACACCGAGGUCAAGCUGUUUGAAAUUCAACGCGUUUAAGAGGCAAACAACUGUAUCAACCUAUAAUGACUACUAAUCUGUAUUUAUGAAACCGUUUCUACACAACUUUGCGAAGAAAAAAAGUGGCUUUAUACACCGACAAUUAUGCAACAAUGAAAAAAAGAUUAAUCCAACAACAUUCCUUUUCGAGACUCCCACACUAGAAGUUUUGCUAGAAACAAAAUAAUCGCGCAUCCACCUACAAACACACACACAGAAGACUCACGGUUCAGCUGUAAUCUGCCUUCUAAAGCAUGAUAGAUAAAAAAAACAAGACUAGGGUUUAUUUUUCGUUUCCGUACUAAACAUUUUAUUUGCGAGGUGCAAUUUCUUGACUAGAUUUACACAAACUUAGCGUUAUUUUUAAAAUACAGUGAUUAUUUAAAACAGCAGACAAAACCAUUCUUAUUAGAGCAAAAGUUGCGCAGCUAGCUGCACCGUUGUAAUGUAAGCGUGCUUCACUACUAAUGUGACAUAACAAUACAUAAUUGUGGAAUAUAAUAUAUAUGUAAUCAUUCAGUGUAAUAAAACAAGGAACAUAAA